AUGCCAAAGAACUACCAGUACAUUCUGGCACUUGUAUUUGCAAUAAAAGAAAUCAAUGAGGAUUCCAUGAUUCUUCCAAAUGUCACUUUGGGUUUCCGCAUCUUGGAUAACUACUGUAGUAGACAGAUCACAUAUGAUGCCACUUUGCGCCUGCUUUCCACAAAGAACAGAUUUAUCCCCAACUACAAAUAUGACCUAGAGAACCAUUUGAUAGCAGUCAUUGGAGGACUUGAUUCUGAAACCUCUCUUUAUAUGGCCACAAUAUUAAACCUUUACAAGAUUCCACAGAUCACAUAUGGAUCACUUGUUUUAGGACUGAGUGAUGAAAUUCUUCUUUCUUCUUUAUAUCGGAUGGUUCCAAAUGAAUACAGUCAGUACUCUGGGAUUAUUCAGUUACUGAUAUAUUUUAGAUGGAAAUGGAUUGGCCUGUUUGCAGUGAAUGAUGAUAAUGGAGAAAGGUUUUUCCAGGGCAUUGUGCCUAUGCUUUUUGAAAACCAUAUCUGUUUUGCUUUUAUCAAGAGAACACAUAAAUGGACUGAUCUGGCUGAACUUUUAGACUUGUUUCUAGAUGAUCUGGAGAAAUUUCCCAGUCUCAUGAAAAGUAAAGCCAAUGUAUUUAUUGCCCAUGGUUCCCUGGUAUCCAUGCUUAAUUUAAUCUGGUAUCUUCAGAUGUCUGCUUGGGAUUCACACAUUGGUAAAGUGUGGAUUGUGACAGAACAGUGGGAUUUCACAUUAACUGACUAUCAGAAGAACAUGGAUAUUCUUCCUUUCCAAGGUGCUAUAUCUUUUUCAGUUCAUUCAAAUGACAUACCCGGUUUUACGGCAUUUCUUGAGAAUGUAAAGCCUUUCUGGAGAAGACAAGAUGGUUUUAUCCAGGAUUUUUGGGAAAAGGCUUUUAGCUGUUCGUUGAAAAAUUACAAGAUAACUGAAGAUGAGGAGCACAAGAAAAAAUGCACAGGAAAAGAGAAGCUGGAGAGUCUUCCAAGAACUUUCUUUGAAAUGAGAAUGACUGGCCAAAGCUACAAUACCUACAAUGCUGCCCAUGCCAUUGCACGUACUCUACACACUAUUUGUGAAGCUAAAGCAAAAUACAGGAGAAGGGUGCCUGGAAGACUCCUACAGUUUUGGAAUCUCCAGCCAUGGCAGAUAUUACCAAUAUCUGUAUGUAAUGACCAGUGUCGUCCUGGUCACCAUAAGGAAAAAAAGGAAGGGGAACCAUUUUGCUGCUAUAUUUGUGUACCAUGUCCAGAAAGAAAGAUUUCUAACCAGAAAGAUAUGGAUUUCUGCACUGAAUGUCAAGAAGAUGAAUAUCCAAAUUUUCAACAGAACCAAUGCAUCCCAAAAUUUUUAAACUACCUGUCCUUUGGAGAGCAACCAGGAAUCACUUUAAUGGGAUUUUCAAUUGCUUUUGCUCUGACAACAGUUUGGGUCCUUAGAACUUUUUGGAAACACCAGGACACUCCUAUAGUCAAAGCAAACAACCGAAACCUCACCUACAUUCUUCUCUUCUCUCUCUUUCUUUGCUUCCUUUGCUCUCUCCUCUUCAUUGGAAAACCAACAUCUACCACGUGUAUUCUCCGACAAACAACCUUUGGCAUUGUCUUCUCUUUGGCCCUUUCCAGUGUUUUGGCCAAAACAAUUACUGUUGUUCUAGCCUUUGUGGCUACUAAACCUGGGUCCAAGAUAAGGAAAUGGGUAGGGAGAAAGUUGGGAUAUACUAUCAUCAUUUCCUGCACCUCUAUCCAAGUGUGCAUUUGUUGUCUUUGGCUGCUUACUUCGCCACCAUUCCCAGAUAGGGACUUAAACUCUCUCCGUGAAGAAAUCAUUCUAGAAUGUAAUGAGGGUUCUACUACCAUGUUUUGUCUUGUCUUGGGCUACAUGAGUUUUCUGGCCAUGGUCAGCUUCUCUGUGGCUUUCUUUGCCAGGAAGUUACCUGACAGUUUCAAUGAAGCCAAAUUUAUCACUUUCAGCAUGUUGGUCUUUUGCAGUGUUUGGUUGUCUUUUGGUCCAAUGUACUUGAGUACCAAAGGAAAAUAUGUGGUGGCUGUUGAAGUCUUCUCUAUCUUAAUAUCGAGUGUUGGGUUGUUGAGUUGCAUUUUUUUCCCUAAAUGCUACAUAAUUGUAUUCAGGUCUGAACUGAACAACAAAGAUCAACUAAUAAAGAGACAAUGCAGGGUCAUCUAA